AUGCCGCGACUGUCCGCACAUGCUAUCGUGCUCACACUGAAGAGCCUCGGGUAUAUUUGUCAAUGGGUAUUUCUUUUUGCAUUUCCACAGAUUGUGCAGGAGUACGAGAGGGCGGUUAUCUUCAGACUAGGUCGUCUCGUCCAAGGAGGCGCUAAAGGUCCAGGUCUCUUCUUCAUUAUCCCGUGCAUAGACACCUACUGCAAGGUGGAUCUACGAACAGUGUCCUUCGAUGUUCCCCCGCAAGAGAUCCUGUCCAAGGACUCAGUGACAGUGGCCGUGGACGCGGUGGUGUACUACCGCAUAAGUAACGCGACCAUCGCCAUCACCAACGUGGAGGACUACGGCCACUCCACCAGGCUGUUGGCCGCCACCACGCUCCGGAACGUGCUCGGCACCAAGAACCUGUCGGAGAUUCUGUCUGAGCGGGAGUCCAUCUCGCAUGUCAUGCAGGCGAGCCUGGACGAAGCCACGGACUCAUGGGGAGUAAAAGUCGAACGCGUUGAAAUCAAGGACGUCCGGCUCCCAGUUCAAUUGCAGAGAGCCAUGGCCGCGGAAGCCGAAGCAGCCCGUGAAGCACGGGCGAAGGUGAUCGCCGCCGAAGGUGAACAGCGGGCGUCGCGCUCCCUCAAGGAAGCCGCUGAAGUGAUCGCCGAAUCACCUUCGGCAUUGCAGUUGCGUUACCUGCAGACGCUCACCUCCAUUGCAGCGGAAAAGAACUCCACCAUUGUUUUCCCGCUACCGCUGGAACUCAUGCGUGGCCUUCUCGCCAGAGACAACCACGAUGACUGAGUCGCCGUUCUGCAACAUCAGAAGUGACGAUGCCUCCGAAAUCUGGGCGUCGUUUUACCACUUUCCCCUCUUCGUACGC